CCCCCCCCCCCCCCGGAAGUACACUACCUGGUGCUUGCUAACCUCCCAAAACCUCCUCUCCUGGGUCCAGUCUCCCGCUUUCCCUCCCGUUCUCUUUUGACUUCACAUCGCCUCGUAAUACCUCAUCCUGCGUCUGUCUUUUGCCUCGAGCCCUACGCAUCUUCUGCCAGCAACUCACUCCAACAACGUCCGACGACUCCUUCGACGCACACCUACAACAAACACUCACGAGUCACACACCAUAUUACACACAGCGCGGUGCCAACGGCGAAUUAUCCUACGAUCACGGAUUUCGUGUUCCGACUAAGCCUUCCCUCCGCAACCUACUUAUUCGGUCCUUCCUUACGUGCUUUUGAACAUUUGCGCUCUUCACAUCCUACCCGGUCCGUCACAUACUACCACCCGACUCUCCCCCACGAUACCAUCAUGGCCACCUAAGCAUCGAAUUUGUCGCUGCCUUUCGAUUUCUCGGCCGCCGUGCGAGCCUCGUUCUACGUUCCUCCCACGCACCUCAGCAUGUCGAAUCGCCGAUCGAGACUUCCCCGACCAGUCCAUUCUCAACCCUUCUUCGCAUAUCAUGGAACCGCAACAUCCUCCCCACCCGAGGAACUCUCAUCACCCUCACCUACAGACCCUUGUCCCGCCUCUCUCCAACAAGCUGCCUUUGAGGUCUUCCGCUAGUACCCCGAUGACCUCGCCUGGCCUCUUCAGCCCCUCGAACCCACGCCCGAAGAUGAACUUCCCGAUCCAAGCCUCGUCCGACUCCAACACCCCGAAUUUCGAGACCAGCAGCCCUUAUCUGCACCCGUUACAAAAGCACAAAGUCAGAGAGACACACAAAGCCCUUAUUGAUUCCGACAGCAUCACCGGUCGUAAACUCAUUAAUCAGUAUGAGGUCAUCGAAGAAAUCGGCAGGGGCAUGCACGGAAAGGUCAAGCUCGCCCGAAAUCUCGAGACGGGCGAAAAUGUCGCAAUCAAGAUCAUUCCCCGCUACUCAAAGAAGCGUCGUCUCGGCAAGGUUAUGGCCAUGUCCCCCCAGGAGAAGACGAUGCGCGAGAUUGCCAUCCUCAAAAAGAUGAGGCACCCUAACGUCGUGUCGCUGCUUGAGAUCAUCGACGACCCCGAACUGAAAAAGAUCUACUUGAUCCUCGAACAUGUCGAGCUGGGGGAGGUCGUCUGGAGAAAGAAGGGUCUCCCCCACAUCUGCCACCACGAGCGUCGCCGCAUCGAGAGAGAAGCCCGUGGCGAGCCCCCGACACCCGAGGAGGAGCAGUACGAUCUGAUCAUGGAGAGGCGCCUGGCUUUGAAGGAGCUGAAGCGUGCCAAGAUGUCCCGGGCCAAUAUGGGCGUGCACGACUUUUGGAGCAUGGAGCACGGCGCGUCUGACGACGCCAGUUACGGCUCACAGUCCCGCGUUCCAUCUAGAGACGAUCUGGGUAACUUGGACCACGUCAGAGGCGAAGCUUCCCAGCCGAACUCUUUGCAGGCAUCGCGAGCCACGUCGAGAGCCCCGUCACGGUCCCAGUCAGUAAAGUCCGUCGACGGCGGCUUCGCCGUCUUUGACCAGGAAGCCAUCGAGACCGACGACAUGGAGACGCCCGGUCCCCAACGAAGCAACCCGGGUUCUGCGACUGCACUGGACGGGACCAUGUAUGGCGCAUACAUGGAGGAUGUUGCGUUGCGGGGCCGUUCGCCCAGUAUGGCUGAUUCCAUCAUCUCGCACAUGUCCUCGGUCGACUGGAAUUCCCGCAUGCACGAUCCGUUUGCGGAAGACUUUUCCUACGUUCCCUGCUUCACCAUUGAACAGGCAAGAACCACUUUUCGAGACACUGUUUUGGGACUCGAAUACCUGCACUACCAAGGCGUUGUGCACAGGGAUAUCAAGCCCGCCAACUUGCUCUGGACCAAAGACCACCGGGUCAAGAUUUCUGAUUUUGGUGUUUCGUAUUUCGGCCGCCCAAUUCGAGAUGGUGAACCGGAUGAUGAAACAGUCUCAGAGUCGGAAGCACAAGACUUUGAUGACGACCUCGAGCUGGCCAAGACGGUUGGCACGCCAGCCUUCUUCGCGCCCGAACUGUGCUACACAGACGCCGACCGCAUGGAGCAGCCAAAAAUUUCCGAAAUGAUUGACAUUUGGUCGCUGGGUGUGACGCUCUAUUGCCUGAUCUACGCCAGAAUCCCGUUCCAAGCCGAGGACGAAUGGCAAAUGUUCCGCAAGAUCGCCACCGAGGAAGUUUUCAUCCCUCGCAAGCGCCUCAAGCCUGUGGAUCCGUCCACACCCCCAAACUCGGAGUCUCUCUUCAAGCGGCAUAAUGUGCCUCCCUACAGGGACGACAACGAGCUGGCUUACGAGGACAUUGACAACCUCCUGUACGAUCUCCUACGACAGAUGUUCACCAAGAACCCGGAGAAGCGAAUUCGCCUGCGGGACAUCAAGAGGCACCCCUGGAUUGUCCAAGGCAUCCCGAAUCCCAUUACCUGGAUCGACGACACGGAUCCGGCGCGGCCGUCCCAGGGCAGGCGUGUGCAAGUCAACGACAAGGAGACGGCCCAUGCCGUUGUGCCCAUUGCUUUCCUGGAGCGAGCCAGAUCUACAGUGAAGAAGGCUGUCGGGAAGUUGAUGCACCCUUUAGGCGAUCGAAGCGAUAGUCGGUCACGGCGGAGAGCUGCCAGCAGCGCCGCCAGCUCGGCUGGAGACAGCAUGUACAAUGUGCCUCCCACACCACACUCAAGAGAUGCCCGGCGCAAAAGCUUGAAGAGCGAAGACUACUUCUCCAACGUCAAGGACUUUGCCUUCAACUCUGAGCACCCGUUGGUCCACAGCCAAACGGCGUCUCCCUAUGAGUCUUCCUAUGACCCUCUCGCAACUGCUAUCGCUCAGCCCGCCGGGGCUGCCUUGUUACAUGCGCUCCAGUAUGGUAGCAACGAGUCCAGGACGAACAGUGGCACGGCAUCGCCGUCGGACCAGUCUACGAUACCUGGGACCGGUGCAGCGUCGCUUUACAAGCCAAACCAAUACUCACAGAGUCCCUCGAACGGCAACAGCUAUCUGAUGCUGACGGCGAACUUGCCCGAGGUGAAAACGCUGCCUCCGACACCUUUCGUUGACCCGACACUCGCCGACCCACUGAACGAGAUGCGGCAGACGCGCGGAUACGACGCCCUGACAGAGGAGGCUUUGCGGGCGCGUUCGGUCGAGCGUGGCGUCUUCAGGGAACAAGACAAGCGGGCUCCCGCGCAAGUAAGUGUUACAACCGCAAGCGUCCCGGGUACUCUUCACCGGAUGCCCAGCCUCCCUGGCAGACCCCGGGCUAUGCGCUCCGUCGACUUGGGCAAAGCGAAGCAUGCCAGCAACGGUUUAGCUUCGCCGCUGUUUUUCUCGUCGCGGUCCGUUACUGGUUAUCAACAUGGCCAACCUCAGUCGGAUUCGAACAUUUACGAGAAUCAACGAGCGACCACGGACUUGGAGGAGAGACCCCAGACGGCUCACAGGAUCGAGAACGUCCGGGAUGUGCCAGAGGCAAGGACACCCCCUCCCCGAAAGUACAACAACUCAACACCCGAAUCAUUCGCGCGGGCGAGAGACGAGCUGCACCGCAAGCACAUUGAAGAGUAUCAGCACCAAGUCGCCCAGCAGGCCCUGGAUGAUGUCAGGUCGGACAUUGCGGUUGUGGACCCUACGGAAUAUCCUUGCCCCGUGUCGCCCGACGACGAGUUCUUCGGCACGCCUCCGCCUCAUGGUCGUGAGUAUACAACAGACACGAGACACUCCUCCCGCUCGGCGUCCAUCGGUGGCUUGGCUUCUCCCCUCACAAGUCCGAGCGAUGUCAACAGCCCGAUCUCGUCCACCACUCCACCUUCCAAGGAGGAGAUGCUCGCCUUUCAGUCGGACCCGUCUCUGCCUGCGCUCCUUAGCGGCUCCAGCUCUGUUUCCGCCGACCUCGACGCCGAACCUGUAGAACCUGCUGUCGUCAACAACAAACAGGCCCUGCUGGAAACAACGGACUCGCUGACACCUCCGGCUCUUGUCAAGGAGCCAAUGGCCGGCUUCCCUCUGGAGCAGUACGAGCAGCAGGAGCGCUUUGACCAACAACACAACGCUUCGUUCGAUUCCGGGUCGAUACCGUUGCGAAUCACUCCCAAUACGACCUACAGAAGCCAACCUGCAAUUCACCGCACCCCCGAGUUCAGCCCACAGGAUGAUGAUGAUGACGAUAGCGACAGCGACGAGGGCCUGUUGAUGGCAAAGUCUAAAAAAAAGAAGUCGACAAAUGCACACGUUGAACGAAUUCCAUUCGGCGCCAGGCGGCGUGACACCAACGUGAGCAUCGCCAGCACCGAGACGGCCAAGAAGGUUGUCAUCCAUGGCGAAGAUGUAACCACAUACCCCGAUUGAACGUUGUGCAUUUACUUGCACGACGAGUAAAUUACUGCACACCCUCAACUCCAUCUAGAUACUAUCAAACUGCAUACUGGCUUUAAGGAUGGCUUCCUGGUACAGCAUUCAUCUACAGCCGGCGGAACUAUCGAAUUCUUCCGUUAGGCUUGCUGAACAAUUCCCGCGCUUUCUUUCUUCGGGGGGGUUUUUUCUUCUUUUUUUUUUCUUUUUGCAAAAUAUCCAAAGAACAGCAUGCAAUCAGAUUGCACAUCUUCGUCGGCAUGUUUUGCCUCAUGGACUUUUUCAAUCACGUUUCAUUUCCCUAUAGAGAACGACCGCAUCUGGCUAGUAACAGCCGAAAGAGCUGGAGAGGAAGCAGAGUGGAUCCAGCGUCGAAGGCUUCUCUGUUCUCUGCUGGGAUGGAGUGCAGAUCGUGUGCACCCUGGACAGUCCUUUUCAAAGGAGCCGUACAACCACGACGGGGAUUCUGGCUUCAACUCGGCAAAGAGCUCUUGGCUCCUACAUGCAGGCCUCUCUACAUUUUCCGGAGCUACUCGGUCUGGGGCGGAGGAUUCAUUUAGCCGAACUGAGACGGCUACACGCGGAAAUGAGCGGACGGAUGCUUGGGGGUGGAGGAUUUGGCUGGCAGAUAGGGCCGGCGAGCUAGACGAAUGACGAAGACCGGGGGAUGCUGCCCAUGAAGGGACAUAUCGGCCUUUCGACUGGAUGGCAAGUAACUUCGGAAUGAGGGACACAAGAGGAUGCCUUACCGGUAGACUCGUUUCCUCCCCAGAAUUCCAUUUGUCUUUGACUGGUAAUCGGGAUACGGAAGGAAACAUUCAGGGGUGGCUCUUGGUUUUAUUUCCAAGCAUUUACUCUCAUGCCCAUCACGCCUGCAAAUUUGUCAUUGUCUUUUCAAGCAUCAAGAGCGAGGUUCAGGGAAGGGGUUCCUGCUUUGUAAUGGUGGAUGAGAAUCAUUCUCUCGGAGCAACGGCGCUUUUCUUUGGGGGUGCUUCGUGGAGAGGAAUUGUUCGUUUUUCUUACAUGUAACCCCCCCUUUCAAUGUAGCAGCGGCGUUGGAGGAGAAAGAGAGAUGAGAAAGACAGAAGGCAGGCAGGGCAGCCUUUAUGUCUAUAAAUAGAGCAAAC